CGAAGGUUCUCACUUGCUGAACGAGCGAAGGUUCUGUUUCUAAAACAAGAUCUCUGCUUGUUAUAUGGGUUAGGUUGGAACACUUGGUCAGGUUCUUGCUACAUUUUCCUGCAAACUAUGGUGCUGAAGAAACUUUCUUGCCUGGCUGUAUCCUAUUUUCACAGAAGUGGUCUGUUGGGGAUCGUUUCUGAGUCAUCUUCACCUGCAUUUGGAGCUUUGAACUUGAUUGCAAGGCAUAGAUUUCUUGUUAGAUUUUCAGUUAUGGCUGGUGACACCAUCAAGGGGCUUCCAAAUGGGGACACAAUUUUGAAUUUUGAUCCUCAAAGGACUUACCAAGUUGUUGUAGCUGCAACUCAAAGUAUGGGUAUUGGGAAGGAUGGAAAAUUGCCUUGGAGGAUGCCUUCUGAUCUUAAAUUUUUCAAGGAGGUCACAAUAACCACAUCAGAUCCUCUGAAAAGAAAUGCAGUGAUAAUGGGUAGGAAAACUUGGGAAAGUAUUCCCCUUGAACAUCGACCUCUACCUGGUCGCCUGAAUAUUGUGCUGACUCAUUCUGGGAGUUUUGAUAUUGCAACUGCUGAGAAUGUUAUCAUAUGUGGAAGCAUGGCUUCAGCUUUGGAAUUGCUUGCAGCAUCUCCUUAUUGUCUGUCGAUAGAGAGAGUUUUUCUUAUAGGAGGUGGCCAGAUAUUUAAGGAAGCUCUCAAUUCGCCUGGAUGUGAAGCAAUCCAUUUUACAGAAAUUGAGACAAACUUUGACUGUGAUGCUUUCAUUCCUCCAAUCGACGACUCAGUGUUUCAGCCAUGGUACUCAUCCUUCCCAUUGGUAGAGAACAACAUUCGGUAUUCUUUUGUAACUUAUGUUCGUGUGAGGACUUCUGCAGCUCUAAGCAAUGGGGUGACAUUUGAUAGUAGUUCUGACAACACUAAGUUUGAGGUAGAUAAAUUCAAUUUUCUUCCCAAGAUUAUUUUUGAGAGGCAUCAGGAGUACUUGUAUCACAGACUCGUUCAAGAUAUAAUCUCAAAUGGAAAUCAGAAGGGUGACAGGACGGGGACUGGUACCCUUUCACAAUUUGGUUGCCAGAUGCGGUUUAAUCUACGCAAAUCAUUUCCACUUCUUACAACUAAGAAAGUCUUUUGGCGAGGUGUUGUUGAAGAACUAUUGUGGUUCAUUAGUGGAUCGACAAAUGCAAAGGUUCUACAGGAAAAAGACAUUCACAUAUGGGAUGGCAAUGCAUCUAGAGACUACCUUGACAGUAUUGGUUUGGCAGACCGGGAAGUGGGUGACUUGGGACCCAUAUAUGGGUUUCAAUGGAGGCACUUUGGUGCCAGGUAUACUGAUAUGCAUGCCGACUACACGGGACAAGGAUUUGAUCAGUUGUUGGAUGUUAUUGACAAGAUAAAAAAUAAGCCAGAUGACCGUAGGAUUGUUCUCUCAGCUUGGAAUCCAUGUGAUCUCACAUUGAUGGCACUUCCACCUUGCCACAUGUUUGCACAGUUUUAUGUAGUCAAUGGGGAGCUAUCCUGUCAAAUGUAUCAGCGAUCUGCUGACAUGGGUCUUGGUGUGCCAUUCAACAUUGCAUCUUAUGCACUAUUGACAUGCAUGAUUGCUCAUGUUUGUGGUCUUGUUCCUGGUGAUUUCAUCCAUGUCGUUGGGGAUGCACAUGUUUAUAGAACACAUGUCAGGCCUUUGCAGGAGCAGCUUCAGAAAUUACCUAAACCUUUUCCGAUUCUGAAAAUCAAUCCUCAGAAGAAAGAUAUAGAUUCUUUUGUCACAAGUGAUUUCAAGCUCAUAGGUUAUGAUCCUCACCAGAAAAUAGAAAUGAAAAUGGCAGUAUAGAGCUGUCAAAGCUUUCGAUGAUUUAGUGAAGAUACUGGAGAUUCUUGUCACCCUUUUCAUUACUAUGUCAUAGGUUA